UACUAACGGGUCCACGUACCGGGGUUGUGGAUUGCUUGUUUAAACCCCCCAAUUUUAUAUACUAUCUAUAGUUAAAUUAAAUCAUAUUUGAAAUAAGUAAAGAACUAUUCUCUGUGUGGUUCUUGUGUGAACAGAACCACCGCAACCGCUUCUUGAGCAAGGCACACACAGAGGGUACCAUGCUGUGAAAAAUAGCACACACACACCCACGCACACGGACUCAUUUAAUGCGGAGGUGCCAUCGCUAUCCGGUUCAUAGUUAAAUAGUUUUGAUAGAUGUUGCUAAUGUGGUGGUUGUGGAAAGUCACAAACACAAUUUGAAUGGUUUAUGUCAUGGUUAUAACGCAUCGACAUGUGCGCAGAUGUUUGUAGAUGUAUGAACGUUAAAGGAGAGAGGCUAACUGAGUUGACCCGGCGGGUAGUGAUGUAUAUACGCUGUGAACGUCCCAAAAGCGCUGGGUAAAUUACAAACGGUUUUUCAACAAUUAUCCUCUUGAUGAUUUAAAGGGAGAAUUGAAAAAAAAAAUCGAUUUUGGAUGUGUGGUUAUUUCCGUUCACCCCUGUGAUGGUAUCGUCCAAAGUAUAUAAAUACUCGGUCGGCUCCCGUGCCCUCCUGUGCAGCUCUCGGUUGCUAAGGAAACACGGAAUGCAGCCCACCCAGUUGGACCUGAAGAUGACCACAGUGUAAGGGGAUAGUUGGUCAGGCUGGCUGUUUGAGGUGCAGAGGGGACGCCGCAAACCACGCCAGGUUUCUGACAGACAAAACCCCCGAUACCUCCACUCGCCCACCCCCCCCCCCCCCCCCCCCCAAUCAUCUUCAUGACUUCCCUUUAGUCUGGGCUACAGCAAUGGUGACGCUUAUUACAGAGCAGCUACACAAGCAGAGUUUGGAGGAUCCUUAUCAGAAGGCAUUCUCCUUCAAUGUCAACGUGCCGUUGCCUGUGGUUGGUUCUAGUCCGACAGUGUCUUUGAGCACGUAUGGAUCCACACCAGAGAGCAGUUUGGCCGCCUACCCGUCAUGCAAGACCCAUCUCCUAACCGCAUCCUCUGCCCUGCGGCUCCCCGUCCCAGUGGGUGAGCCUCUGUAUCAAACUCAAAUCCCCAGCGCCUCCGUCACCAACCUGUCCUUCCCCGGUUCCCCCCCGCCGCCACCGAAGCGCCACUGCCGCUCGCUCUCCGUCCCAGAAGACCUCUCCUGUUGUCGUUCCACAUGGCGCCCCAGCGCCUCCCGGGUCUGGACCCCGGUCAGGCAUCGCUGCCAGAGUGGCAGCAUGGCCAGUCUGGUGUCCGCCGCCAGCAGCUCCCUGCCCCUCUGCGGCCGCAGCUCCUCGGUCACCACCUCCUCCCUGCACUCGUCCUGCAGCCCCAUGUUUGUGAGCCUGGCGUUGAAUCCGGACUCCCCGACACCUUGGAGCUUCCCCUGGGACCCCUGUGACACACUGAGGGGCGCCUGCUCCACCUUCCUCCCUGCACCGUCCUCCUGCUCCUCCUCGCCCGCCCCGCCGGCGUCCUCGCGCUCGCUGCUCCAGCGGCGCUUCUCCCUGUCCCCCGUGCACACACAGGGCGCCUCCCUGCUGCUGCGGCUGCCCUGUGAGGCCUCCGGCCCCGCCGCCCCUUUAACCCACCGCCCCGCCACGGAGCAGCCAGCCCUCUCUCCAUCGCCCAGCUCGGCCUGCAGCACGCCCUCCUCCUCCAGGCGCGUCCCGCGCCCGGCCCUCCCACGAUGCCACUCCCAGCCUUGCGACAUGCGGAGGCCUUAUCUGAAGAGACGCCACGACCCAGACAUCCUGCCCUGCUCCAGGCCGGGCCUCGACUUCAGCAAGAUGACUCAGAUUGGUACUGGGGAGUCCCUUGGCGCGGGGACUAAUGUCAGCAUGUUUGCGAGGCCUGCGCAGGGAGAGCGUCUCCCUGCCUUCUCCCCCGCAGAGCUCCUGGGACGGAGCAGCAUCGGCCCGCUGAGCGAGAGCGAAGAGGACAACAAUAAAAGAACAGGAUCCCUAAUGGAUGGCGGGAACUUCUUUGAGCGAGAUUGCACUGAACUGGACUUGAACCUAAUUGAGGAGAACUGAACGGCCACUCGGUGCCUCCUCCUCCCCUCCCCCUCCUCCUCCUCCCCUCCCCCUCCUCCUCCUCCUCCUCCUCCUCCUCCUCCUCCCACUCCUCCUCCUCCUCCACCUCCUCCUCCUCCUCCUCCUCCUCCUUGACUUGACUUGACUGUGUACAGUCGACAUGUUGACCACACAUGUAACUGAACACGCACUAUAUGGCAGAUUUUCUUUGUUUGGGAGCCGGCUGCCCUCCUAACGCACAUGUUGAGAUCCUUUUUUAGUAAGGAGAAAUGCAGAUAUCAAAAUACAAUAUUAUCAUCUUGAGCAAAAAUCAAUUAGCAUUUCAUAAGAAUGUAAUGGUGCCUGCCUAUUCAGCAACCCAUCAGCUACAAAGCACACACAUUAAUGUUGGGCACACAGUAUUCUAGCUUAUGGACCAUAACGUGAUUUAAGUCUUAAUCAGGAAAUGCUGUUUUAUGCAUCCUAAUCCACAUCACUAAUGACUGGCGCACAUUAAUUAGGUGGAUAUUUUGUAUACUACAACAGAAAUAACCUGCACAGAUGGCUUGAGCCAGCAGUAAAUGAGCUUGCAAGACUGACUUGCUGUUCACAUGCACUUCUCAUUCUUGACCUAAGCCUAAAAUGUUUAUUUAAGACGCAUGAAAUUUAACUUGAUACAUUGUUGGGAUGUUUUUGUUUUUUUUCCUCAGAAAGAUGGUCAUUGAUGAUUGCUGUAUUGCUUCAAAAAGAGUGAAUACAUUCCAGAUUGUCCCAGUAUUUCAAAGACCGUCUAUGUAAAACGAGCUCUUCAGAAGCACAUCUAAUCUAAUGGCUGCUGUGCUGUCAUGCAUUUUAUUUGACCCAGUGGCAUACCCUAUCAUCAGCAAAGAUUAACUUUGCUUAGCCUUUCUUGUAAUAGAAAAUGUAUUACAUGGAGGGGGCUCCCUUCAUUUUUUUUGGAAAUUAAUGUAACUUUUGUCAACAUUAAUUACGUGUUUUAUGCUAUAGUUUAUAUUGGUCAUGCCUUAAGCUGUAAGGGCAGAAUCCAAAUGGUUUAUUUUUGUUUGUGUUAUUAAGUGUUCGAGUGGGAUGUUAUGAGUCUUUGGACUCUUUAACAUCAAUGCAAUGACGGAGUUGCACAUGCACUAUAAUAAACAAUAAAUUAGCCUAUGCUGCAGUUUGAUCCAAUAGGGAACAUUGUAAAUACACGGUGUACAAUAUUGUGCCUAUUCUGUGAGUUCUAGGGAAUAAGAAUCAAGAAGUGAUGCUAAGUAUUGGUGGCCUUUAGAGAUGAUUUUUUUUAAUGCGUUUUCAAAUGGAUUCAAAUUACACAAUUUGUGUACAAAUAAAGUUGAAUAGAGAAUGGCUUUCUCCA